GCAACCAGGGGAAGGAGGAGGGAAGUAGACCUUCAACAUGGCGGCUGUGGUACUGGCGGUGGCUACGGUGACGGCCUGGCCCGGGGCUGGUAGAAUUGGAAGAGGUGGCGUUCGCUCUCCCUAGGGGCAGCGGGAGCUCGGCGGGGACUGAGCCCGGGAGGCCGGCCGGCGCCAGCACCUUUCAGCGUUUGGGACGGCCGCGGCGUUCAGGCUGGCAAGAUGGCUCAGCAGGUAAAGGUACUUGCUACCAAGCCUGUUGACUUCAGUUCGAUUCUCUGGACCUACAAAAUGGGAGAGAACUGACUCCACAAGUUGCCCUCUGACUUCCAGGUUCUAAAUGGCUUCUAAGAAGUUGGGUACAGAUUUUCAUGGGACUUUCAGUUACCUUGAUGAUGUCCCAUUUAAGAUAGGAGACAAAUUCAAAACACCAGCUAAAGUUGGUCUACCUAUUGGCUUCUCCUUGCCUGAUUGUUUGCAGGUUGUCAGAGAAGUACAGUAUGACUUCUCCUUGGAAAAGAAAACCAUUGAGUGGGCUGAAGAUAUUAAGAUAAUCCAAGAAGCUCAGCGAGAAGCAGAGCGUAAGGCUGAGGAAGCAGAAGCUAAAGUGAAUUCUAAGAGUGGCCCAGAGGGCGAUAGCAAAAUGAGCUUCUCCAAGACUCACAGUACAGCCACAAUGCCACCUCCUAUUAACCCCAUUCUUGCCAGCUUACAGCACAACAGCAUCCUCACUCCAACUCGGGUCAGCAGUAGUGCCACUAAACAAAAAGUUCUCAGCCCACCCCACACAAAGGCAGAUUUCAAUCCUGCUGACUUCGAGUGUGAAGAAGACCCAUUUGAUAAUCUGGAGUUAAAAACUAUUGAUGAGAAGGAGGAGCUGAGAAACAUUCUGGUAGGAUCCACUGGACCCAUAAUGGCUCAGUUAUUGGACAAUAACUUACCCAGAGGAAGCUCUGGGUCUGUGUUACAGGAUGAGGAGGUCUUGGCAUCCUUGGAGCGGGCAACCUUAGAUUUCAAGCCUCUUCAUAAACCCAAUGGCUUUAUAACCUUACCACAGUUGGGCAACUGUGAAAAGAUGUCGCUGUCUUCCAAAGUGUCCCUCCCCCCUAUCCCUGCCGUAAGCAAUAUCAAAUCUCUGUCCUUCCCCAAACUUGACUCUGAUGACAGCAAUCAGAAGACAGUCAAGCUGGCAAGCACUUUCCAUAGCACAUCCUGCCUCCGAAGCAGCAUGGCCCGGAAUUUCCUAAAGCCUUCCACCCAAAGCAGUGCCAGUGAGCUCAAUGGGGACCAUACUCUUGGGCUUUCAGCUUUGAACUUGAACAGUGGCACAGAGGUGCCAACCCUGACAUCUUCCCAGAUGCCUUCCCUGUCUGUCUUGUCUGUAUGUACAGAAGAAUCCUCACCUCCAAAUACAUGUCCCACAGUCACCCCUCUGAAUUUCUCAGUGUCACAAGUGCCCAACAUGCCCAGCUGUUCCCAGGCCUAUUCAGAACUGCAGGCACUGUCUCCUAGUGAGCGGCAGUGUGUGGAGACAGUAGUCAGCAUGGGCUACCCAUAUGAAUGUGUCCUGAGAGCCAUGAAGAAGAAAGGAGAGAAUAUUGAACAGAUUCUCGACUAUCUCUUCGCACAUGGACAGCUUUGUGAGAAAGGCUUUGACCCUCUUUUAGUGGAAGAGGCUCUGGAGAUGCACCAGUGUUCAGAAGAAAAGAUGAUGGAAUUUCUUCAGUUAAUGAGCAAAUUUAAGGAAAUGGGCUUUGAACUAAAAGACAUUAAGGAAGUUUUGCUAUUACACAACAAUGACCAGGACAAUGCUUUGGAAGACCUCAUGGCCCGGGCUGGAGCCAGCUGAGACCAGACCCUGCCUAAGCCCUGCCACGGAACGAUUAUCCCCUAGGAGGCCCUGAACAGCUCACCUGUGGGGAAGGAGAAGGGACACCAGAUUUUCUUUGGGGGGUUAGGUGGUCAGGUGUGGAGACUAUACUUGUCAGUCUCUGUGAGCCCAGGACCUGAACUGGGGAGAAAGUAGGAAGAUCUGGGGAUAUGAAUGCCCCAGGCCUGUCCUGGCUCCUUCCAUGUUAAACAUAUUUGUAUUUUGAGAAGUGUCCUUCCCACCUUGGCCUUUCAGAAAGAAUACUUAGAUAUUUCUGGGGUCUCUAUGAUCUGCAGCCAAAACCUGGUCUUGCUUCCAAGAGGACUGGGGAGAAAGGAGGAUGGGCCAGACUCUGCUGCUGCUGCACUGGGGCUACUAGAUGCUUCCCCUCUACUGCACUGGCAGACUGAACAUUAACCUAAGUUGAAUGCAAGUGAAAGGCUCUUCAGGGUCUACCCCUCCCUCCAACAGUCCUUAGUGUUACACUGGUUCUGUAAUGUUUCUGAGGUACAAAGGAUGCACUUUUCCUCAUGGGGCAAAGUCUGCCUCUUCUGCCAGGCAGUUCCCAUGCUUCCCUGUCCAGACUGUUUCUUUUGGCUUAGACCACAAUCCUCUGCUGCCCAGGGCAUUGGAGCCCCAGCUCUAGGAAGCUGUUGUCAUUUUAAAUAAUUGUUGGCCCCUUCCACUCAGUGGGUGAGAAAACAGGCCACAACUUAAGUCACCCAGCACUAACCCCCGUUUUUGAACAGCCUCCAGCCCUACUUUAGGACGACACAAUGAGUAACACCUAGGCAUAGAAAUCAGUCUCUUUGGUUUGUUUGUAUUAUGUUGUACACCAUUAAAGAUCUAAAUACAAAGGAUAUACAUAGUCUUGACGAAUCUAAAAUAAUUUGCUAACUAUUUUGAUUCUUCAGAGAACUAAUAAAAAUCUAAAAGGUA